CCGAAGUAUUACGUAAAUUUUGCUAGAACAGUGGUCACGUUGUUGCUACGAUCUUUUGGAAUGAUGAGAAAUAUGAUGGACAGAAUAUUCAUACUAGUUGUAAUAAAAAUAGCAUAUUGUAACAGUUUUCAAAAAUUCCAAAAUCUAAUUCCAAAUGGGAAAAAUGCUCCUAAUCCGUGUACUUCCGGUCUUUGGCAAGGCCUCGGACAUAUUGGUGCUGAUGGUGGAGGAGACAGAAAUCCUUUUGGUGUCGAUUUUAAGAGAGCUGAAAUGAAAUGGACCUCUAAUCUUUGUAAUAUGGACUCUGACAAUGAUGGAUUAAGUAACGGAGAAGAGCUUGGUGACCCAGACUGUUUGUGGACUCCUGGGCAACAACCAAAGAGAACAGAAAAUAUUUCACAUCCAGGCAUAUGUGAACCAUUGACAUCAUCUACGUGCCAACAACAGAACAAAUGGCUGCUAAACUGUGAUGGCAACAAAGAUACAUGUGAAUCUUUAAAUGAGAAAGUUUACCUUCUGCUCUCAUUAUGA